UUUUUGGACACGUACUUCGUGAAUCGUGCGGUAUCUUGUAAAAUUAAAUAUUGUUGAUCAUUUUUUAUUAUUUUACCAUAAAUUCAAUUAUUCAAACAUAAGUCUUGUUACUGGCAUACCAGUUAAGAAAAAUGGCAGGAGUGGAGCAACCAUGCUACACUCUCAUCAAUUUUCCCACAGAUUCGGAACCAUAUAAUGAAAUGCAACUGAAACAUGACCUAGAAAAGGGUGAUACAAAGAAAAAAAUUGAAGCCCUCAAGAAGACAAUAGGCAUAAUACUCUCUGGAGAGAAGAUUCCUGGACUUUUGAUGAUCAUCAUCAGAUUUGUGCUUCCGCUGCAAGAUCACACCAUCAAGAAACUCCUGCUGAUAUUCUGGGAGAUUGUUCCAAAGACCACACCUGAUGGCAAACUCAUGCAGGAGAUGAUCCUUGUUUGUGAUGCUUACAGGAAGGAUCUGCAACACCCUAAUGAAUACAUUCGAGGCUCAACACUCAGAUUCCUGUGUAAGCUGAAAGAGCCAGAGCUACUGGAACCUCUGAUGCCAGCUAUCCGAGCCUGCCUCGAGCAUCGUCACUCAUAUGUCAGGAGGAAUGCAGUGCUUGCUAUUUUCACUAUAUACCGCAACUUCGAAUUCCUCAUCCCUGAUGCUCCAGAGCUCAUUGGUACGUUCCUUGAGAGCGAGCAGGAUAUGUCAUGCAAGCGUAACGCCUUCCUCAUGUUACUUCAUGCUGACCAGGAACGAGCACUCUCAUAUUUAUCAUCGAGGUUGGAUAAUGUUCAUACAUUCGGAGAUAUACUGCAGCUGGUUAUUGUGGAGUUGAUAUACAAGGUGUGUCACGCAAAUCCUUCAGAGCGGUCCCGUUUUAUUCGUACAGUAUAUGGUUUGCUGAACGCCCCGAGCGCGGCCGUGAGAUAUGAAGCCGCUGGAACAUUGGUCACACUGUCUAAUGCACCUGCUGCUAUCAAGGCGGCGGCGUCUUGCUACAUCGAUCUAACGGUGAAGGAGAGCGACAACAACGUGAAGCUCAUUGUUGUGGGGCGGCUGCGCGCGCUGCGGGCGGCGGCCGGCGAUGCGGCGGCGCGCGCGCUGCCCGACCUCGCCAUGGACGUGCUGCGAGUGCUGCAGGCCUCCGACCUCGACGUGCGCCGCCAUGCGCUGCAGCUGGCGCUCGAGUUGGUGAGCUCCCGUCACGCGGAAGAGCUAGUGGGCGUGUUGCGCAAGGAGGCGGCGCGCUCGGCGACGGCGGAGGCGGACGGCGCGGCGGCGUAUAGGCAGCUCCUAGUGCGCGCAAUGCACCGCGCCGCGCUUAACUUCCCAGAGGUGGCGGGCAGCGUCGCCCCGGCUCUGCUGGAUAUGAUAGCUGACGGCGCGGAGCCGGCUGCGCUCGACAUAGUGCUGUUCCUGCGAAGCGCCCUACUCACCUUCCCCGAUCUGAGACAGAAGAUAUACCAGAAACUUUUGGAGGUGGUGGGCGGUAUCCGUGCGGCGAAGGUGGCGCGCGCAGCGGUGUGGCUGCUGGCGGAGUUCGCCGAGAGCGAUGCGGACGUAAGUGCGGCGCUCGACGUGCUGGACGCUGCCGCCCCCGUGCCCGCCGCUGCGCCGCAGGAGGAGGAGGAAUCAGCGCCGAAGGCUGAACAGCAGCCAGCGCGUCAGCUAGUCACCAGUGACGGCACCUACGCCUCGCAGUCCGCCUUCAACCUGCCCACGGCUACUACGGAGAAGGCGGGCGGCGGCCUGGCUGCGGCGCUGCGCGAGGGUGAGAGCUUCACUGCUGCGUGCGCGUGCUCCGCGCUCGCCAAACUGGCGCUGCGGGCCGCGCCGCGACUGCGCACGCGCGCCAUGCAUAUAGCCGCGCGCCUGCUGGCACAUCACGCAACGAGCGGAUCAGGCGGUCUGACGGCGGACGACGCGGAGCAUGGCGCUGCGUGUUUGCUGGCGAGCGCGCGGCGGCCCGACGUGGCGGCGGCGGCGCUGGCGAGCGGGUCACGUGACGCGCUCGCGGCGCUGCUCGCGCUGCCCGACCGCGCCGCGCCGCCGCUGCUGCCGGACAUAGAGCAGGAGGAGGCGACGCCUGCGGAGCGCGUGGUCGCGGUGGAGACGGGCAUCUCGUUCGCGCAGCUCGCCGCGCCCACCGCCGCGCACCGCGACAUGUUCGAGCUGUCACUCAACAAUGCCGUGCAGGGUCGUGCCGGCAGCGGCGAGGAGAAGGGCAAGCUGUCGAAGGUGACGCAGCUAACGGGCUUCUCGGACCCCGUGUACGCGGAGGCGAUAGUCGCCGUCAACCAGUACGACAUCGUCCUCGACGUACUGGUCGUCAACCAGACCGACGAUACCCUACAAAACUGCUGCGUGGAACUAGCGACGCUAGGCGAGUUGCGUCUGGUGGAGCGGCCGGCUGGCGUCGUGCUAGCGCCGCGCGACUUCGCGACUAUACGAGCCCACGUCAAAGUCGCGUCGACAGAGAACGGAAUUAUAUUCGGAAAUAUUGUGUACGAAGUGUCUGGCGCGGGUCAGGAGCGCGGUGUAGUCGUACUCAACGACAUUCACAUAGACAUCGUCGACUACAUCGCCCCAGCCGCCUGCUCGGACGCCGACUUCCGGCGGAUGUGGGCGGAGUUCGAGUGGGAGAACAAGGUGUCCGUCAACACCACCUUGACGGACCUGCGCGAGUACCUCCAGCACCUGCUGGCCAGUACCAACAUGAAGUGCCUCACGCCGGACAAGGCGUUGUCCGGUCAGUGCGGCUUCAUGGCGGCGAACUUGUACGCACGCUCGAUAUUCGGUGAAGACGCGCUCGCCAAUCUGUCCGUGGAGCUGCCGCUCGGCCGACCCGGCGCGCCAGUUGUUGGACACGUCCGCAUACGAGCUAAGAGCCAGGGCAUGGCAUUAAGUCUCGGUGACAAGAUCAACAUGAUGCAUAAAACGCCGCCACAGAAGCAGCCCACACAGAAGCCGUCCGCCGCAUGAGCCCGCUACGGUUUACUACGGUAGAGCACGGUACGGUUGCGUACGGUAUGUAAUGGCGUACGUAAUUUGCGUACCAUACGUCAUGACGUAGGCACGUACGUAAGUUGCGUACUAUACGUAAUGGCGUUCGCACGUACGUAAGUUGCGUACCAUACGUAGGUUGCAUAUGGUACGUAUAAGCGUAUUGUGCGCGGCAAGAAACUAGAUCCUGCACAGAAAUACAUUUUACGUUCAACUAGAAGUUACCAUAGCAGUGGGUACUCAGGAACAAAAGUGACAAGUUAUAGUUGUAGAUUUAAAACUACAAACACAAUUACUAAAAGGCAAGCAAGAAAAAUGAUAUAUAUUUUAUAAAUAUAUAUUUUCUAAUAAAACGAUUGCUAAAUGUAAUAAAUUAGGUACAAUCGUAAUUUGAUUCCGACAGUACCUGUGAAGAUUCUACUAUCUUGGGUCUAGUUUCUUGUCAUGCACAAUACGGACGUACGUAAGUUGCGUACCAUACGUUAAAUGGCGUACGCAUGUGCGUAAGUUGUGUACGGUACGUAAUAUACGUAUGUGCUACGUAGAUUGCGUUGAGCGUACAGUACGCCACCGCACCGCAUAGUAGUUAGCUGUAGUGCAGUUUGUAUUAACGUACGAAUAUAUACUUUUAGCUUACAACACAUUCCCUAUAAUGUCAGUAUUUGUAACGUAAUGAAAUUAAGAUAAUAUAUAAAAAAUGAAUUGUCAUUUUGAUGUGUAUGUUUAUCGAAGAAUUUAAUAUUAUCUAAAGUUAAUAAAAAAAAAACUAUCUAUCUUUUCUCUUAUACAGCUAAAAGGAUAUAUCGUAUGAAUUUAGUGCUAAGG